AUGGUUAAGGACACUAAAUUAUAUGAUUUGCUAGGAAUUUCGCCUAGUGCAGGUGAAGCCGAGAUUAAAAAAGGGUACAGAAAGGCUGCCUUGAAGUAUCAUCCAGAUAAGCCUACAGGUGACACUGAGAAGUUUAAAGAAAUCUCUGAGGCUUUUGAGAUUCUUUCAGAUGCUCAGAAGAGGGAAGUUUACGAUACUUAUGGUCUAGAGGCUGCUCGUGGUAAUGCUCCUCAAUUUGGAGGAGCGGGAGGGCCUGGUGGGCCUGGUGGGCCUGGAGGAUUUUCUUCUGGUGGGUUUGCCGGGGGACAUGCGUUCUCACAAGAUGACGCUUUCAACAUCUUUUCACAGUUCUUUGGUGGAGGAGGUGCUGCCGGAGGUGCUUCUCCAUUUGGAUUCUCUGCUAGCGGCGGGUCUGGUGAUGAUUUCGGGUUUGGAGGCAGUAGUUUCCAUUCCUCUUCGGGCGGCAUGCCAGGCGGUAUGCCAGGUGGAAUGCCAGGUGGAAUGCCAGGUGGAUUCAGUAGACAACAGGCUAGACCUGAAGAAGAAGUUGUUCAGGUCAAUCUACCUGUGUCCUUAGAAGAUUUAUUCAGCGGUAAGAAGAAAUCAUUCAAGAUCACAAGAAAAGGCGCCGGUGGUGUGUCCGAAAAGAACCAAAUUGACAUCCAAUUGAAACCAGGUUGGAAAGCAGGUACCAAGAUUACUUUCAAAGGUGAAGGUGACUAUAAUCCAAGAACUGGUGGUAGACAAACAUUACAAUUCGUUCUACAGGAAAAACCACACGAAUUUUUCACCAGACAAGACAAUGAUUUGAUUUACACUUUACCACUUUCUUUCAAAGAAUCUCUUCUAGGUUUCUCCAAGCAAGUACAAACCAUCGACGGUAAAACAAUUCCAAUCACAAGAACGCAGCCAAUUCAACCUACUCAAACCUCAACAUAUCCCGGACAAGGUAUGACACUGUCAAAGAAUCCUUCCCAAAGAGGUGAUUUGAUUAUUAAGUUCAAGAUCGAUUAUCCAACCUCUUUAACACCUCAACAAAGACAAGCCAUUAUGGAUAACUUCUGA